AUGGCCAUGUCCCUUGAUGAAACGAAGGAGAAACAACUCGUGGAGAAAACAGAAUUGCGCCUGGCUAUCGCCGACUCCCCUCAAAAGUUCGAAACUGGUCUGCAAACCUUUUUGCCGCCAUUGCUGCUGAAGCUGGCGUCUCCACAUGCCUCUGUCAGAACAGCAGUGUUUUCUGCCCUGAAGAACGUCAUAUCUAGAAUAAAUACUCUGCCCCAGGUCCAGCUUCCUGUGCGGGCGCUUAUUGUCCAAGCAGAGGAGCCCAAUUUAGCCGCUCAUCAAGACUCUACUAAUGUCCGCCUCUACAGUCUGCUGCUGGCGUCCAAGGGAAUAGAUAGGCUCUCCCCGCAAGAAAGACAGCUGCUGUUGCCCCUGGUCGUGUCCAGCAUCCCUGCGCUCACGGGCACAGUAGCCGCCAGAAUGUUCCAUAUCCUUUUGAAGCUUAUUUUGGACUGGGUUGCCCCUCAGGACUCUUCACCCGAGCAGGAGAAGUUUGUGCAGUCUCUACAGUUGGACGAAAAAGGCUUUGCGUUUUUGAUGCGCCAGUUCACCAGGUUUUUCCUGCUGGUACCCUCCAAGCAGCCUCAGACUUCGCAACAGCCUCUGUCGAGGGGCUAUACGUGUCCGGGCCUAUCUCUGGCGGACGUAGCUUUCUUUACUUACGAUGCGGGCGUCACUUUCAACAAGGACCAGUUGCACAAGUUCAAAACUGCCAUUUUCCAGUUUGUUUGCCACGGCAUUGCGGCCGGUCAAACUACUGAGCAGUCGCCCAGGGUUAUAGAACUGAUGAAAUUUCUGUGCGUUGUCUCUAAGGAUUCUACGACUCUAUCUGAUUCCGCGGCACAGUUAAUGAAACGCUUCCCCAUGCCUUGCGAAAAUGAAGAGUUCAUCACGUUCUUGCAGACAUUGUACAUAGGGGACAAUGCAAAGGGAAGACCGCCCGUAAAAUCUGUCCUGCAGGAGAAAAUUCUGUCAAUUUUAAACAGAAGUCAGUUCGCCACCAACAACCCAGAAUCGAUUUCUCUAAUUUGCUCCAUCGGGUUGCAUUCAUCUGAAUAUAAACUGAGAUCUUUGACCCUCGCCUUUAUUCGUCACGUAGCAAAAUUGAAUUACCAAAAUUUGCAUGUUUCUUCGUCGUCGUCUUCAUCUACAGAUUUCGCCACUAGUAUUGUUUCCUUGAUCAGAAAUAACCUUCAUGCGGAGGGUUGGCCCAAACUACAGCUGGGAUCCCAGACACCGGCUUUCAAAACUGCAAUUUUGCAAAGACAAUUACAAUACGAAACGUUGGGUGAUAUCCUGAAAAAAGAUUUCGAUCUAGUAAGCGACUUGUCCUAUAUUGAAUUCUUAUUUGAAUCCCUACAAAGCGAUUUACCACAAUUCCGCGCCAGUGUUCAAGAGGCUUUGCUUUCUUUGGUGGGCCAUCUAUCAAACUUGCCAUCUCAAUCCAAAUUGCAUUUGAAAGCUCUACUCAGGAAAAACCUAUCGAUUGAUGAGGAACAGCAGGAAAAUAAUAACGACACUAUCAACUCUAUUAUGGCGCUAAAGUAUGUUUCUAUAAAGUUUACCAACGCCGCUUUCCCCUUCCACGACUCGGAAGCAAGAUUGUUCAAUCUUUGGGGUACUGCGAGAACGAACAGAUUUGAUAUUAUCGAAGAAUCGUUCAAGGGACUACAGCCUUUCUGGUUUAGAAUCAAUAACGCUUCUUUGAACGCUUCGGUUACUGUGAAGACAUCGGAUUUAUUGGGCUCUCAAUUGUCCGAGACAAGAUUUCCUCAAUUCGAUGAAUUUCUUCAAAUUUUUAUCAGUCAGCUAGAUUCUGAAUCUGCAGUAAUUACUCGGAAAUCGUUGAAUAACAUUGUCAGAUUCAUUAAACAAUGUCUCAUUUCCAACGCAAUCUAUGGUAAAAAAACAAUGGUAAUCCAAGAUGAAGAUUGGUCAAUUAGAAUAGAUAAAGCUUUGGAACUUGAUGAUACAGCUGUGUCUCGGGUGAAUGGAAUGGUUCAAACAAUGAAUGAUGAUAUGUUUAUUCGCUUCUUAACCCUUUUGUCAAACGAGUUCACUACUACGGACAGCAAGGGUGAACAAGUAGCAAUAUUUCCAUAUCAAGACCCAAUAUUUGGUUCUCUCCUCUUGACGUUAUUGAAUUUUGUAAACAGUACUAUUUUACAGAAACUGGAAAAAAUUGUUCCCGAUUUGUACCAUUUACUCAUUACUAAGUUCCAAUCGUUAAGUGAUAAUGAUUUAGAAGUUUGUGCAAGCAUCAUUGGUAUCAUCUCCACUGCUACCGUAGAUUCGGAACACAUUAGACAAAUAACAUGUAUAUCUGAAUCGCAAACACUGGCAGAAACAUAUAUUGCAUCCUACGUUCUUCCGAGAUUGUAUUUGAAGAACCAAACGAUUCAUAUUCAAGAUGCGAGUAUUCUAAAGCUAUUAGAGAACUUGGUAACUCAUCUAUCACAUUCUACUACCAACAAAAAUAUGAUAUUAAAGCUAGUUUGUCAGGUGACAAAAUUUGGUUUACUUUUCAAAGUAAAUCCUCAAGAACGAAAAAAAUUUUUGACGCAAAUUAUGGACAAUGUACAGGAUAAAUUAAUCAACGAUGUGACAGCUAUUCAAACUUGGUCAUAUUUAUCACUAUAUUCAAACGAAUUAGAAAAUUUCAGUAUUUUUCAAGAGAAGCUACUAGAAACUCAUGUUUCCAAGCAAAAUGAUUUCUUAUUUUCAGUUGGUGAAUCCUUAACUGUCUUGGCUGGUGAAUGGUCAAGUAGAUACUUGAUUAAACAAGUUGAUAUUCCAAAUUUUGAUGUUACGAUUAUGCAACAAAAAUUUCCCGCCACAAACGUUACCACCAUACUUGAUGAGAUUCUUUCAGGUUGCAGUUCCACGAAACCUUCCUUAAGAAAGGCAUGUUGUAUUUGGUUGUUAUCAUAUAUUCAAUACUUGAGUCAUUUGCCAGAGGUCGCCUCUAAAUGUGAUGAGAUUCACUUGAGAUUCAUGAGGUUUUUAGCUGACAGGGAUGAAUUUAUACAGGAUUCAGCCGCCAGAGGGCUUUCGUUGGUUUAUGAAAUUGGUGGUUCGGACUUGAAGGAAAGUAUGGUUAAAGGGUUACUCAAAUCGUUCACAGAUUCAACCGCAGGCACUGCAUCUACAAGUGCUACUGGUGUCUCGGGUUCAGUUUCUGAAGAGACCGAAUUAUUUGAGCCUGGCAUUUUAAACACAGGUGACGGGUCCAUCAGUACUUACAAAGAUAUUCUGAACUUAGCAUCCGAGGUUGGGGACCCUGCACUUGUUUAUAAAUUCAUGUCUCUUGCCAAGAGUUCCGCCUUAUGGUCAUCAAGGAAAGGUAUUGCAUUCGGUCUCGGUGCUAUCAUGUCCAAGUCUUCUCUAGAAGAAAUAUUGGUAAAUGAUCAAGAGACUUCAAAAAAGUUGAUCCCAAAAUUGUAUAGGUACAGGUUUGAUCCAUUCCAAGCAGUUUCACGCUCAAUGACUGAUAUUUGGAAUACAUUGAUUUCGGAUUCUUCUUCGACGAUCUCCCUUUAUUUCGACGCUAUUCUUCAAGAACUUUUGAGCGGUAUGGCUAACAAGGAAUGGAGGGUUCGAGAGGCGAGCACAUCCGCGUUAUUACAGUUGAUCCAAUCUCAACCCCAAGAAAAGUUUUCCGAUCAAAUGCUGAAAAUUUGGACAAUGGCAUUUAGAACCAUGGAUGAUAUCAAGGACAGUGUUCGAGAAGUCGGUACCAAAUUUACCACUGUUUUGGCCAAAAUACUGGCAAAAUCUAUUGAUGUGGAAAAGGGAGUGAACCCUGUCAAAUCCAAGGAAAUAUUGGAUAAUAUUUUGCCGUUCUUAUUGGGGCUACACGGUUUGAACAGUGACGCGGAAGAAGUUAGGAAUUUUGCGCUUACCACUUUAAUUGAUUUGGUGAAAAACUCUCCCGGCGCGAUCAAACCAUUCACUCCAGACUUGAUUUACGAUUUUAUUACACUAUUCUCUUCCAUUGAACCUCAAGUAAUCAAUUAUCUGGCAUUAAAUGCUGCUAAUUAUAAUAUUGAUGCUAAUGUUAUCGAUACGCAGAGAAAAAACGGUGUUACCAACUCACCAUUAUUCCAAACGGUUGAAAAAUUGAUUUCCAAUUCGGAUGAUUCCAUGAUGGAGGAUAUAAUCAAUGUGAUUAUAAAAGCAGCAAAAAAAUCUGUCGGUUUGCCAUCCAAAGUGGCUUCCUCACUUGUUAUAAUCCUCUUAGUGAAACGGUACUCUAUGCAAAUGAAACCCUAUUCUGGGAAGCUAUUGAAAGUUUGCCUAACCAUGUUUGAAGAUAGAAAUGAGUCUGUUAAUAUCACAUUUGCCAUUACAAUGGGAUACUUAUUCAAAGUUUCUGCAUUGGAUAAGUGCAUCAAAUAUUCUGAAAGACUUAUGUCGAAAUACUUCGAGCCUAUGUCAACAGAAAAUAACAAGAAAAUUGUCGGUACAGCGAUUGACUCAAUUUUAAGUUAUGCUAGGUCAGAAUUCGAUAACGUGGCAAGCAUAUUCAUGCCUUUGAUUUUUGUAGCAUGCAACGAUGAAGAUAAAGAUUUGGAAUCUCUAUAUAACAAGAUCUGGACAGAGGCCUCGAGUUCUGGUGCCGGUACUGUUAAGUUAUAUUUACCGGAGAUUUUAGAUAUACUUUGUACAAAUAUCAAGUCGAAUGAUUUUUCGAUUAGGAAAACAUGUGCUAAAUCGGUUAUACAAUUAUGUGAAAGGAUUGAUAAUAACAUUCCUCAUGCGCAAAUUGUUAAACUAUUCGAUAUAUCUAAGGAGGCAUUAAGUGGCAGAUCAUGGGAUGGUAAAGAGCAUAUCGUGAGUGCAGUGGUUUCGUUGACAGAAAAAUUCUGUCAGACGGUGACCGGUGAUAACGACCUCCAAGAUUCCAUCAAUGAUGUAAUGGGAAUCGAGGCGUCAAGAAAGAGCACGAAAUAUGUUGAAAAAAUAAUACCAUUAUAUGCAAAAUAUGUUAGUGUGAAUCCACAGGAUGCAACGAUUGCAUUACUAAUUGAAAGGUCCAAAGAAAUUAUCCAAUCAUUAGGUAAAGAAUCUGAUGAUGGUGAAGAUUCCACCAGACAGGCUUCAGAUGAAUCCACAAUAAAGAGAAUUAAACCCAACACUGAAAUUACGCAAAGAUCGUCCAAACGAAACAUUGAGAACGAGGAGUAUGUGAUUAAUUUGUUGAAGAUUUUUGUUGAGAUAUGUAACAAUUCUAAAUCGAAGUACCCGAUAAAUUUACUGGACUUUAUAAUAGAUGAAGUGGUAUAUCUUUUCCAUAACGAUAGGAUUAUCUACACAUGGAGAACACAGUUAGCCGCUAGUGAGAUUGGGGUUUCAAUAAUUGGUAAAUUUAAUGCGAUUAGUAGCGCGGAUUUUAUCCAAAAUGUGGAAAAACUGUGGAGCCAUGUUUUCCAAAUAAAUUGUAACAAGGAAACCAUUGAGAAUGUUAAAUUGCAAAUGAUAAAAUUCGGCGGAUUAAUUAUUCAGAAAAUUCCAAGUUUACAAAACAACAUCGAGGAGAACUUAAGACUUUUGAAUGAUGUUGAUUCAACGAACAGAAUCGAGUUGGAAUUGAAAAACAUCGGUCUAUAA